AUGUCAGCACCUGGAGGCCCUUCAUGGAUGUGUCGCUCCACAGCAAAGGCCAACCUUCUGAUGUGGGUGGGGCUGGCGUUCAUCUGCGUGGCCGCCGUUCAGUCCCAGCAGCACCCAGUGGUCACCACCAAUUAUGGGAAAUUGCGGGGAGUGAAGGUUACAUUACCAAAUGAGAUCCUGGGACCAGUGGAACAGUAUUUGGGGAUCCCGUACGCGCUGGCCCCGACGGGGGAGCGGAGGUUCCAGCCGCCGGAGCCGCCCAUGUCCUGGCCCGGCAUCAGGAAUGCUACUCAGUUCGCUGCGGUUUGUCCUCAGUUCUUAGAGGACCGCUUUUUGCUCAAUGAUAUGCUGCCUGUUUGGUUCACCGCCAACUUGGAUACAGUGGUGACCUACGUGCAGGAGCAGAGCGAGGACUGCCUCUACCUGAACAUCUACGUCCCCACGGAGGACGGGGCCAACUCAAACACGCAGGGUGCAGAUUUCCUCAGUAAUGAUGGUGGCGCUGAUGAAGAUAUCCACGAUGAGAAUGGGUUAAAGCCGGUCAUGGUUUACAUCCACGGAGGCUCCUACAUGGAGGGAACCGGCAACAUGAUCGACGGCAGCAUCCUGGCCAGCUACGGGAACGUCAUCGUCAUCACCAUCAACUACCGGCUCGGAGUUCUGGGGUUUCUAAGCACAGGAGACCAGGCAGCCAAGGGCAACUACGGCCUGCUGGAUCAAAUCCAGGCUCUCAGGUGGAUCAAAGAGAACAUCCAGGCCUUCAAAGGAGAUCCAAAGAGAGUGACCAUCUUUGGCUCUGGAGCCGGGGCGUCGUGCGUCAGCCUGCUCACCCUCUCACAUUACUCAGAAGAUCUGUUCCAGAAAGCUAUCAUCCAGAGUGGCACAGCCCUGUCCAGCUGGGCCGUCAACUACCAGCCUGCCAAGUACACGCGAGCCCUGGCCGAGAAGGUGGGCUGCAACAUGCUGGACACCAUCGACCUGGUGGAGUGCCUGCAGAACAAGAACUACAAGGAGCUGAUCGAGCAGUACAUCACGCCCGCCAAAUACCACAUCGCCUUCGGGCCUGUGAUCGACGGCGACGUCAUCCCAGAUGAUCCCCAGAUCCUGAUGGAGCAAGGGGAGUUCCUCAACUACGACAUCAUGCUGGGGGUCAAUCAGGGCGAGGGCUUUAAGUUCGUGGACGGCAUCGUGGACAGCGAGGACGGGGUGUCUGCCAAUGAUUUUGACUUCGCUGUGUCGGACUUUGUGGACCAUCUCUACGGCUACCCGGAGGGCAAGGACACUCUGCGGGAGACCAUCAAAUUCAUGUACACGGACUGGGCGGACAAGGAGAACCCGGAGACCCGGCGCAAGACCCUGGUGGCUCUGUUCACCGACCACCAGUGGGUGGCGCCGGCAGUGGCCACGGCUGACCUCCACGCCCAGUACGGCUCACCCACCUACUUCUACGCUUUCUACCACCACUGUCAGAGCGACAUGAAGCCCAGCUGGGCCGACUCGGCUCACGGUGACGAAGUACCGUACGUGUUUGGAAUCCCCAUGAUCGGCCCCACGGAUCUCUUCAACUGCAACUUCUCCAAGAAUGACGUGAUGCUGAGCGCUGUGGUCAUGACCUACUGGACUAACUUCGCCAAAACUGGGGAUCCAAACCAACCGGUUCCACAGGAUACAAAGUUCAUCCACACAAAGCCUAACCGCUUUGAGGAGGUAGCCUGGACCAAGUACAACCCCAAAGACCAGCUCUACCUUCACAUCGGCCUCAAACCUCGAGUCCGAGACCACUACCGCGCUACCAAGGUGGCUUUCUGGUUAGAACUAGUCCCGCAUCUCCACAACAUCAAUGAAUUCUUUCAAUAUGUAUCCACCACCACCAAAAUACCUCCGCAGGAUACCACCCCUUACCCUUACACCAAACGGUUCCCUGGCAAAAACAACUGGCCAUCCACCACCCGACACCCAGGGGUCCCACCCGCCAACACCAAACAGACCACUGACCAGCGCAAGAGCGGCGACCUGACGGACGAGUCGACUGUGGUGAUCGAGACCAAGAGGGACUACUCCACCGAGCUCAGUGUCACCAUCGCAGUCGGAGCCUCCCUGCUCUUCCUCAACACUGCCUUCGCUGCACUCUACUACAAGAAAGACAAGCGGCGGCACGAUUCCAACCGGCGAGUCCCCACCCCACAGCGCAACUCCGCACCAAGCAACACGCCCUCCACCGCCAACAACGUGGCCCACCUGCAGAGCGAGGAGCUGAUGUCUCUGCAGAUGAAGCAGCAGCAGCUGGAGCACGAGCACGAGCACCACCACGAGUGCGAGCCGCUGCAGACCCACGACACGCUGCGCCUCACCUGCCCGCCCGACUACACCCUCACGCUGCGCCGCUCGCCCGACGACAUACCGCUGAUGACGCCCAGCACCAUCACCAUGAUCCCCAACUCGCUGGCUGGCAUGCAGCCUCUGCACAACUUCAAUACUUUCGGUGGCAGCCAGAACAGUACCAACUUACCCCACGGCCACUCCACCACGCGGGUAUAG